AUGUCGCCACUAAGCCUAAAGUUAGGCCUGUUAUUCAUUUGUGUGAGUUUAAGUGUCAAGGCCAGACCUCAAGAUGGUGUGGGAGAGAUGCUUAAAGGUCUGCUGGCAUCGAGGGGUCCAGUCAAUCCAGCAGAUAUAAAUGGCCUGAUGGCAGCCAGAGGAUUUUUAACCAAUUCAGCCAUCAGCAACUUUGAUGUGAAUAAACAAUUCGCAAUGUGUCCUUCUAACACAGCAAAUCAAGGUACCUCCUUGGUGGGUCGAGGUUUGAGUGAAAAUACCCUGGCGGAAAUUCCUAUACAACCUAGUGUACCACUCAAUGCCUUUGCCAAAAACUUUGAAUUCAGUUCAGAUCCAGGAGGCAUUAGCAACACUGUUUUGAGUAAACAGAAAGUUGACCAAUUUUCAAAUCUACAGGGCAGUGGCAUUAGCGAAAACACCUUAGCCCAAGUGCCGGUGCAGGCCAGAGCUCCCAUUGACUUGAUUACUCAAAAUACUCAAAUUGCCUCAGGACCCGGAGGCAUAGCCAACAAACAGCUCAAUAAACAAGCAGUCGAUCAAAGUUCCAAUCUCCAGGGAUCUGACAUUACCAAAACCAAUGUGGCUCAAAUCCCUGUUAGCGCAUUAGUGCCUGCUAAAGUGUUGACGAACAAUCUGCAAGUGGUGCCAGAUGGAGGUCCAGGCUCGGACAUAGUCAAUGAGAAUGUCAACAAACAAUUUUUUGAUCAAAGUUCAAGAUUAAGCGGAAGUGAUAUAACAGAAUUCAAUGCCGUCCAACUACCCAUAGGAGCCGCUGUGGCUCCCGAAGUUUUGCGUAAAAAUGUCCAGGUGGUGGGAGGAAGUGAUGGCCAGAUACAAAAUGUCAAUGUUAACAAGCAAACACUUGACCAAAGCAGUAAUUUGGAGGGCGACAAUUUGAAGGGCAUUAAUUUGGUAAGAGGAGGCGUUUUGGCCGGUGUUGUUCCCAAGGUGUUGACGGACAAUACCCAAGUAAUUGCAGGCUCAAAUGGUGCGAGAGGUUUCUCCAAACCAACUGGCGAUGAAGCUAGUACCCUAGGAUCGGAGUUUGGUAUUCCUGCCGGCAUUAACAAUCUCGCCUUGAACUCACAGAACUCCGACCUAAGCGAUACCAUUACCGGCGAUGGUAAUACCAAAAUCGAUGGCUUGAAAACAGCUCCUCAAGCAUUGUUAGGUGCCUCAGUCUUGGAGAGGAGUACACAAAUUGCCCCCGAUGGCAGCAUACAAGACGUCACCAUUAAUUCGCAGAAUACCGAUGCCGAUACUGUUAUUAAGGGUGACAACAACAAGAAAUUAGCGCUGGGCAGUUUAAAUCCUCAAGCUUUAAUAGCUGGCAAUCUUUUGGGCUCUCGAUCGCAGUUCACUGGCAGAUCUGGUGGUCAGGAUGGUGGUGUUUUCAAUGCAGACCUCAACAAGCAAAAGAUUUCGGACAAACUCAUUGUGGAGGGUGAUAAUAACGAUAUAACCCAGCUUUUGUUACUCGAUCCACAAUUGGGUCUCGAUCUGGGCUUGGCCAAUUCCGAAACUCAGGGAUCUGGAGGACCAGGAUCGGCUAUAAACAAAAAUCUUUUGCUUCAAAAAUCUGACAGCUCGGUACUUGUGACCGGUGACAAUAACACAGUUAAUCGCGGCGUUGUGGCUGAUCCUCAAGUUGGUAUUAAUUUGCGUAUUGCCGAGAUAACCAAACAGGUCACAGGUUUGGUGAGCGGCAAACAGCCAACCGAGGAGGAAUGUGUGGCCAUUGACAACACUGGCAUUAUACAGGAACAGAAUAAAGACAUCACGGUUGUGGGUGACAAUAACGAGAUCAACACUUUGGCCGAUCUCGGUUUACAAGCGGGGAUUGAUGCUAAUGUGGCUACAAGUCUAUUGCAAAAGAUUAGAUGUAAGAAUAGGAAGACGACGACGGUAAGGCCAACCACAGAACCCCCAACGGAACCACCUACAGAACCGCCUACAGAGCCUCCAACCGAGCCACCAACAGAGCCUCCCACUGAGCCACCUACAGAUCCUCCCACUGAACCCCCAACUAAACCCCCAUAUCCAACAAGAUACACAAGACCCACACGACCAACAAGACCUACACGACCAACAAGACCUACACGGCCAACAAGACCUACACGACCACCUACUCUACCUCCUACGCUACCACCUACGCUACCUCCUACGCAACCACCUACUGUGCCUCCAACCGUUCCGCCUACCCAGCCACCACGCCGCUGCUUCCGCAAAGUCUGUCGCAAAUGGAGAAGGACACAUUACUGCUGCUAUUAGCGUAGAUGAUAACGUCAUCAUGGCAUUUUAUUAAUCACUUUUUAUGUA